AUGACUUCUCUAUCACUCGUGCUGGUUGCAAGCCUCAUCGCCCUCACCACCAGUGCUGCAACCAAGACUCUCGUUGAGCGAGCCGACGUCUGCGGUCAAUGGGAUUCCAGAAAUACAGGGACGUACACUCUAUACAACGAUGAAUGGGGCAUCAGCGGCUCCACAGGUUCGCAAUGCGUGGGCGUGGACAGUCUGAGCGGCACCACCAUCAAGUGGCAUGCAACGUAAGAUGCAAUCUCUUUCUCGAUCCCACCUAGCCACCACAACUCACGACGUUCGCAUCCGCAGCUGGUCUUGGACAGCCGGCUCCGGCGGUGUCAAAACAUACCCCAACGUCGUUGCGAACUAUGCCGCCAAGCAACUUUCCGCCAUCUCCAGCAUGAAAACCUCCUGGUCCUGGUCCUACAGUGGUUCUUCUAUCGUCGCGGACGUUGCCUACGACCUCUUCACUUCAUCCUCCGCCACUGGAUCCAACGAAAACGAGAUCAUGAUCUGGCUCGCUGCGUAUGGAGGUGCUGGUCCGAUCUCCGCUUCUUACGAUUCAUCCGGAAGCCCAGUGCCAGUGGCGACUGUCACGCUUGCCGGAUACAGCUGGAAGUUGUACAAGGGCAGCAAUGGAGUGAACGAGGUCUACUCUUUCUUGCCAGCAACCGGAAGCAUCAUCACCAUCUUCAGUGGAGAUAUCAAGACCUUUAUCUCGUAUUUGACGAGCAAUCAGGGACUUAGUAGCUCUCAGUAUCUGAUUUCUGCUGGAGCAGGGUCGGAGCCGACUAGUGGAAGUGGAGCCAAGUUCACGGUUUCUGGAUAUAGUCUGGUCAUUGCUUGA